AUAUGUAUAUAUUUUGCCACGAUUCCUUUUUCUUGCAGUCAUAUACGUUUUUUUUCUCUUUUCUUAUUCCUCUUCUCCCUCUCAUCCAUCUCUCUCUGUCUGUCUGUCUCUCUGUCUCUCCUAUCUCUAUCUGUCUCUGUGUGUGUGUCUCUCUCUCUCUAGCUCUAUCUAGCUUUAUCUCUCUCCCUCUCUUUCUCUGUUUUGUCCUUCUUCAAACCUGCUCUUGGCUGAGCCGUUAGCGACUUCGGGAGUCUCCGAGAGCAGGAGGCGGGGAUGGAGCUGGUAAACACAGCUAAGGCACUUCCAGAAUGUCCCGAUUCAGCAACUUUCUUUUCUUUCUUUCCCCCCUCUCCUCCCCUUCAAGGGCAGCAAAGGAGGCUUUUGUUAUUUGCUCCUUUUGAAGUUUGCUUCCCUCUUGCCUCGUCCCCCUCCUGUUUAUAAUUUAAGAUCUCGGGAGCACACGGACACUCCACUCUAGAAGAAAUGUGAUUUCUCAGGAUAACCGGUUGCCUGGAUUUUCUUACUUUUAUCACAGCAAUCAGGCUUCCUGCAUUCCUCCUGCCCCUCAAAUAAGCACAGGUGGAUUAGAGCUCUUAACUUUCGAGUUUAUUGAAGUCUGCUCUUUUUUAAUGACAAACUGGAAACAUUGUUGCUGAUUUUUCUUUUUUUCCUCUCCUGUGUUACUCUUCUCUUCUCCCCCUUUUCCCUAGUCUCCCUUGUCUGCCCCCGCUAACUCCCUCCUUCUGCACUCCUGUUCCUAACCGGGGCCCCUUUCAUUCAGGUAAAACUGUAAAUUUCCCAAAGCGCCAUUGUCCUUCAGGAUUGUCCAAAGCUCCCUAGAAAUCCCCGAAUACUUUUUUGGUAUUUAAAUCCCCGAUAGAUAGAACCAAUGUAAAUUUUGUGACAUUCAAACCUUUCCUAGUUCACAAAUCAGUCACCCUUGUCACAGUUAUUGAAAUUCCGCAACUCGCCACACCAGGACGGUGGAAAAAGCGGGCGCGGUCUUUGUUGCCGACCAGGCUUUUGAUCGCCAGAGAAAAUUUACUUACCUUCAGAUGAGUGAGCAGAAAAAGAAAUAACACUCCCUUUGAUUUAGUUAGGAAAAUGCAGACAUUUGGAUUCAGUGCAAACAUACAACACUCGCUUGUUUUCGCGAUGCGGCCCUCGAUUAACCUGUCUUUGCCCAGCGCAAAGUCUAUUCAACAACUGCGCGUAGUUGCUUUUUGUCCCGUCCACAAAGAGCCAUUGACCAUAUAUUAAAAUGAUUGUUGAAAGGUAGAGGAGUAUGGCACUUAAAAGCAAGGGGAAAAAAAUCCCUGUGACUCAAUCAAUUAAGGCGAGUAACAUUUAUGCAUUUCAAAAAAUGCACACGGAUGCGGGGGGUGGGGGUGGGGAAAAAAGGUUGCAUUUCUCCGCAGCUCUGUUUAAAACCCAGCAGCCCUGGCUGAGGGUUUAGCUCAAGCGUCUGCAUAUUCAUUAGGUCUAAUUAUUUUCUAGUAAGGAAAACACAAAAAGCCAAGAGUCGGAAUCCUUCAAUUUGCCCUUUGUUUCUAACUUCAUUUGGCUUAUUUGCAGCUGAAUCAGAGCCCUAAACUCUUUUCUCAGACAAAGAAACCUCAACUCAUCCUUUCACAGGCGCCCAGUUAGGAAACUCACCAGCGCCCGGGAGAAAGGAAAAUGAAAAUGAAUAUGUUUUGCCCAGUCGCCCGCCUCAGCUGCACAGAUUGGAGCAAAGCAUGAUCGGCGUUGGCCGCUCCUCGCCUUUCUGGUUUUCUGGUCUUUUCAUGGACUAGAUUCUCGUUUGGGGGUGGUGAGCUGAGCUGCCCUUUCCCUGGGCUCUCCCCGCUCAAAACUCUACUUGUGUAUCUGGGAUGGUUUCCCGGAGUCUGAAGGAACCUGGCGGCGCAUUUGCGCUUGUGCUGGGAAAUAAAAAUUUGAGAAAGGAAAAAAAAAUCAAAUAUUCUGUCCCCAGCAACAAGUCUAAGUGCAGCAGCCCAGCAUUCCCCACCAACUUUGAGUGGACCAGGGUUGGGUAAUAGAAGGACAGGGCUGCCACUUGGGUGGUUUGGGAAAAAAAAUUAUACACUUUGAGUGGUUCGGGUGUAUCUUUUUGAACAAAGUGUUUUUUGCUGCCUACGCGGGGAACUUGGAUCCUGCCUCCACUGCAGUUGUAAAAACCUUAUCUGCAAGAAGUUUUCUCUAGAGGCUGUACUGCUCUCACUAGGGAGAACAAAUAUUGAACCCACCUCGCCUGCCUUUCAAAAAAACAAGGGAGGGGACAUGAGGGGGAAGAGUAGCCAUUGGGAGGGGGAGAGGAAAAAUAAUUCUUCAAAAAAGAAAAGUCAGUCUUCUCCUCUUCAGUCCGUGAAAAUCCAAGGGGGACCGUUGACAAGAGGGUAUUUUUAGGAAACGCGUCCAAAUAUACAUGGUAAGAGUGAAUGUGGGGGGAAAAAGUUGUGGGUUGUAGAAGUUAUCAAGUGGGAUUUGCGGCGCUCUCUGCAGGAAACGCAAGCGGCUCCAGUUCAAAGCCACAUGCACCAACGUGACAUAUAAGCCAUUAAAAUAUCAUCCUGACGGCUCAUUUCUGCUUCAUCAUACAUUCCCUAACUGCUUCCCGAAAGCUGGAAAAGGAGAAAUGAAGGAUGACCGCCUCGCUGGAACCACAAAAGAGAGGCUUGGAGGGGUUGGUGGUCCCCCCUCAGCCACCCCAAAGUGAUGUGCAGAAAUGAGGCGAUCCCAGCAACAGGUGGAGCGGGGCUCAAAGUCAGAAAAUGAGAUACAAGACUUCCUUGGUGAUGAGGAAACGAUUACGGCUUUACCGAAAUGCCCUGAAAGAGUCAAGUAGUAGCUCUGGACAUCAUGGCCCCCAGCUCGCUGCCGCCUCCAGCCCUUCGGUGUUCCCCGGCCUUCACGAGCAGCUUCCCCAGGCCUCCGCCAGCGGUACUUUGAACGGACUUCUGCGUCUGGGGCUACCCGGAGAAAUGUACUCGCGGCCCGAACCCUUCGCGCCGGGACCCGUGGCCCGCAGUGACGCCCUGGCCGCUGCCGCGGCCCUGCACGGCUACCGCGGCCUGAACCUGACCGUGAACCUCGCCGCGCCCCACGGUCCCGGCGCCUUCUUCCGCUACAUGCGCCAGCCCAUCAAACAGGAGCUCAUCUGCAAGUGGCUAGCAGCGGACGGCCCAGCGGCCUCGCGCCUCUGCUCCAAAACUUUCAGCACCAUGCACGAGCUGGUCACGCACGUCACCGUGGAGCACGUCGGCGGCCCGGAGCAGGCAAACCACAUCUGCUUCUGGGAGGAGUGUCCGCGCCAGGGCAAGCCCUUUAAAGCCAAAUACAAACUUGUAAAUCACAUCCGCGUGCAUACGGGCGAGAAGCCCUUCCCCUGUCCUUUCCCUGGGUGUGGGAAGGUCUUUGCUAGAUCAGAAAAUCUCAAAAUACACAAAAGAACUCACACAGGGGAGAAGCCCUUCAGGUGUGAGUUCGAGGGCUGCGAGCGACGCUUCGCCAACAGCAGCGACCGCAAGAAGCACUCGCACGUGCACACGAGCGACAAGCCAUACACGUGCAAAGUGCGCGGCUGCGACAAGUGCUACACGCACCCCAGUUCGCUGCGUAAGCACAUGAAGGUUCACGGGCGCUCGCCGCCGCCGCCUAGCUCUGGCUACGACUCGGCCACGCCAUCUGCCCUCGUGUCGCCCUCGUCGGAUUUCGGCCGUGAGCCCCCGGUGGCCUCCUCGGCGGCGGUGGCGGCGCGUGGUACCGACUUGAGCGAAUGCUGUCCACCGCGUUGCUCGCAAGGUAGUCUCUCCCCGCGCAGCUGAGCUCCCGCAUAUCGCGCCUGCGACAUCAAAGAGUCCGCGCACAAAGCAAUGUUUCUUCGCCACGGUGCAUCUUCAUGGUAAGUUAGGAUUUCUAUGGCAAUGGGCAAGUCGCACUGAAAUCCUGAAAGGCCGAGCCUGGAGCCCGUCCAGGCUUUUCAUUAAGGACAUAAUAUUUACGUCUAACAGGCCUUUUUUCGUGUGUAUACAAGUAUAUAUUUUUGUUUGACGCGGACUAAAUCAUUUUCAUUUAAUUUCCGGUAAACAAAACCCACGCGAAUGGGCACUUGUUCCCGAUCAUAAUAAAAAUGGAUAAUAAAUGUGAGAGAAGAAAAGGGCCGCUUGAAUCGCCGCUCAGCCCCCUUUGUUUCUGCUUUCUGCGGUGAUCAGAGGGCGCAUUUGGGUUUGAUGGCGAGUUUCUAAAGGCGAGGAAAUGGUUUGUAAGAGAGGAAAGAAAAGGAGAAAGGUCUAAUCAAGCUCGGGUUGUUCAAAGAGUCGGGUUUUGGGGUUGAAAGUGUGAGUUUGACGGUGCAUCAGCAUGCCGCGUUAGGAUCGCCAUGGAAAUGCGCGCGGGGAGCGGCCGCUUCAAAGGCGGCACACUUCACUGCAGAUACUCUAUUAAGAUACAUUUGCGCUGACCUUUGCUUUCACGCCAUUUAAUACUGUCACUAGGUUCUCCAGUCUAUACUUCCUCCUUAGGACCUGUUUCGCCAGCGUUUAGGGGUUCACCCUGCACUCUAAUGUAGGGGGGCGCUUUGAAGCCAGGGACGAUUUCGGGAAUGGGAAGAGUCGGAUUCUGUGCAUCUUGGCUGCACCCCAAAGAGGCUCCAAGAUCAGGAGUAAAUAACUUUAGGGCAACCUCAGAAGCUUAACAAAUGAGCAUCCCCAGCUUGAUUUUGUUCAAAGCACUUCUCUUCAUCUUGAGCAAGGUGGAGGGCUGAAUUUGAAUGGCACUUGCAGGGCAAGGGACCCAUGUUGGAUGAGUCUGGGAAUUUCAGACUGUGCCUUUAGGACAUUUCCACUUUGGCCCCCAGUGCAGCCCAUUCUGCCCCUCUAUCCCAGAAGUCUCUUUGCAGCUUCCCAAACUUGUUUCUCCCCUGGGUGGUGUGUAUGGUACUCCUCAGGGCUGGGCUGGCCCUGGGCACGAGCUCAAGAGCCCAAGGCCAACGGAAUAGGGAAGAUGGCAGGAAAGUUAGAAGUCCAUGUUCCCUUAAUUGUCUUGUUGUUUAUUUUAUCCAAGUACCCCAGUGAAUAGGGGAAAAAUAAACAUGGUGGAAAAAAAUCAAACAGUGGAGUCUUCUUUAGUGCCAGUCCUUGUGGUUGAAUAAAAAGGAUGGUCCGCUUUCUAUUGAGCUGAGAAAUCUUUGAAGUGGGAGUUAUUAUCUGAGACAUUCCUGCUUGUCGUCCUAACAACGCUGAUGAAACGUAAAAGGUUCUUUGUCAGCGAUUUGUUCUCCUCUCUGUCAAACUCCCUCUGCCCUGUUAGUUUCCAACCGUUUCUAAAGAGAUAAAAUCAAAAUUCUUUUUAAAAAAAUGCAUGCACUCUACACUAACUGAUAACUUUAGGACUAAGUCCUGCUAAGAGAAAAAGAAAAGUAAUACAGAGACAUCAGGUCCAAGGCCUGUAGAAGUGUGCAGAUGUUGAGUGGCCCUUUGCACAGGCUCUGGGACAUGGGGAAAGAAUGCAGGCAGAGCCCACAUACCCCAAGCUCACACUGCGUGUCAGCUUCUCUGUGCUCUGGCCUGCACUCGUCAGUCCAAGUCAGGUCACCUCGAGCCUCCUUUGGGGACCCCUCAAGCUGCCAAUAUUCUUGGUCCAGAUCCUUGGAAUCUAAUGCUAUAGCCAAGUGAUUGUUAAUAUUUCCUUCUCCUUCAAAGACAAUCUCUGCUAAAAAUAGACCCAUUGUGUGUUUCUUCUCCCUAGCAGCAAUUGGCAAGCCCUUUCUGCCAUUAAUAGAAAGGAGAGUGGCUUGAGGGAGACAUUUUUAUAAUUUCCUGUUUUCAUCAGAAUCUUGGCAAUCGGAGUUCAGAAGAUUCAGUUUACAAGCUAGUGACCCCAGAGUGCAUGCAAAUUACCCCUCCCAUCUAGUAUGCAGUUCUUCGUUUUAUAUGGUGCCCAGGAAAGAAACUUUCACCCUGUCCAGCUUUUCCUAAACCCCUUCAUGUGGUUUUAAAGGUGGUUUAAAUAAAGGACGUUCCAGUCUCCCCACCCUGUGUGUACUUUAAAUGAUUUGUAAAGUUUCCCCAAGCUGUAACCCAUGCUGUUAUUAUAGUUGCCACAAAAUGUUUUCUCUUGUAUUGAUUUUUAUUUGCUUACUCGAGGUCCCCAUAUGUUUAUUUAUAUCACUAAUUUAUGGGAAAAUGUAAUGAUUGCAAUGAAUGUGAAUUAUAUAGACAGGCAAAUGUUUUGUAAUCAUAAUUCACACACACACACACACACACACACACACACACAAGCCUGACUGAAACUUUAGACUAUUUAGUACCCUCUUUACACAAACUGUUUGUGAUUUAUCAUCUCUCCCCUUAGCAUCCUUAAAUUAUGAACUAACUUGAAAGAAAAAAAGUUAUGUAUUUGACUGAAAGUGAUUGUCGAAUGAAAACAUAGUUGAAAGCUAUGGCUUAAUCUUGCUGUGAAUAUGUAAAAAUAAAUUAAAAUCUGUGAUUGUUUUUCCCUCCAAAGAUCAUUGUGUACAUGGAGCUCCAUUUUGCUAUUUUCUUUGGAAAUAAAGGAUGUGAUGUUUUCCUCCC